AUGAAAUUGCGUACACAACGACUACAGUACUACACACCAAUCGGACCAUUCAGUCUACGCCACCGACUGAGUUAUCAGUGCCCUCCCGGUCUCUGUAUUUUGUUAGCUACGUCAUACUUACAACGUUCAUAGAAUGGCUGCGUCCACCAUGCCCAGAGCAUCACCAUUUGGUCAUUAUCUUCUUCCACUAACGAUGAACAAAGGUCAUAUUAAUGCAAAACAAGCCGAGUAUCACAUCGGAGUGAAGACAAAGUACCUUGACAUUAAGAAACAUCGACCAGAGAGGCAUGCCCUCAGAAACCUCCUUGGAAUACUUCAUUUCCGGCUGGGUAAGUUUGAUGAAUCUUUGGAGUUCUUUGACAAGAUAUUGUCUGACGGGGAAGACCCCAAGAAUUUGAACGCACUGGCAAAUCAGAAGUACAUCUGCGAUAAGUUAUACAGAAUUCCAGAGUCCAGUGACUGUGAAAAGAAGAUAUCUGAGUUGCUACCUGACGACUACCAAAAUGAAGGAGAGGAAAGCCGACUUCGUCGAGCGCGUAGUCUUGCUGAACAAGCCUUCGCCUAUUCGUUUGAUGUUUUCGAUGAGUCAGUGACUACGGAAAGAUACCGAACCUCGGUGAAGCUUUACGAUGAAGCAUUUGAACUUGCAGGAGACUCAUUGGCUCAAGAUGAGAGGGAAGAUUGGAUGACAAGUAAGGGUAUGGCUUGUCAUAAGAUCUUCAAUAAAGUCAAAUGGGACAAGUCACUUAAGGAAGAAGCUCAAACUUGGCUUGGGAAAAUGGCUAAUAUAUUUAUUCAGAUUGUACAAGAAACGGAUGAUAAUAGCUUGGCAAGCGAAGGCUGGCGACAGUUGGGGGAGAUCUUUCAACAGGCAAAGUCACGUUAUUUUAAUCCAAUACAAGUCCCGGAUUCCUUGAAAAUAUAUUUAUGGACGCCAGGUAACUGUUUUAGGAGAGCUCUCCAUUACACACCGAACGAUCCCAGACUUUUGGCUAGAUUCGCCAAUUUCUUGAGAAAGAUCCGUAACAAAGAGGAAGCAUUGGAGACAGUAAGCCAAUCAAUCAAACUGGACGAAUCUGUGUUUAACUAUUUUGCAUACUCAGUUCGUGGACAAAUCUUCCUUCAGGAUUAUGAAAAACAGAAACGUAUGAGUGCAAACCAGUUUGACAAGCUACUCGAAAAUGCUCGAAAUGACUUUGAGAAAGCGUCGACAAUUCAUUCGUCGCCCAUGGACUUGGAAAACUUAGCCCAGGUGUAUUACCACAUGGCAACCGAUUGCCAUGGAAUUGUAGAAGCGGGACAUCGUGAUGAACAGACGUAUCACCAAAAAGCCCUCACUACUUGUGCUAGGGCUGCUGCCUGCCAGGACGGCGAACAACGUUCCCUUGUUCAUAAGGUUCGUGGUCAGUCUCUUUGUGCUUUAGGUGAACAUCAGCAAGCAUUGCGAAGUUUCCAGCGGGCCAUUGAAUGUACAGAUAAUAAGUUUGUAGUUGAGGAUUCCGUGAAAUUGCUUGUUGUUGAAUACGGCCACGUUUUGAAUGACGUGGGUGAAACGCUUUUAAAUCACCAGCCGCUUCUUGCUGACAUGGUCUACUGGCUUCACAAGGCUGCCAAACUUCGUCUCACGAAUCCUCAAUGGAAAUCGGUUUCAAUGAUACCACCAACGAGCCUUACUUCUCAGUGGCAGAGCUUCGUGAAGUUUUGUCAAGACAACGAUUACAUUUGGGAGCUUGAAGAUAUCCAGCAAGCAUCGCGUGAUCCCAGAGAGCGGCGUACUCAACAAAGGCGUACGGUUUCAACAUCGGAUGCAGAAUCAAUGUCCCGUCCAUCCCACGUACGCCAUUCAAAAAGCGUCCCAGAAGAGAGAAGUGGGGCUAGAUUUGAAGACUCUAAUCCGUAUGUUCAGCUCGACCAAUCUGCUACUGAUUCUCUGUCUGUGUUUGAGCUCGAUGGCAACAAAACAUCAUCCAAAGCAAAAGAAGACAAAUCAACGAUGACUCCGAGAACCGGCGAAGAUCAAGUCAGCGACCAAAUAUCCUCAUCUCAAGAAUGGACAACCGAUGAUGCUUCAAAUAAACCCAUCAGAUCAGCACCCGGCGACGCUUUAAACUGCGACUUUACUUAUGACUUCUUCGUCAUACACAGUGACAGUGCCUCCGAGUGGGUUUUUCGAUGCUUGUUGGAGGAACUUGAGGGGCGUGGUCUGAAAGGAUGCAUCAAAGAUCGUGAUUUUAUGCUCGGCCAAACGAAACUUAAAAACUACACAGGUAGCACAGCAAACAGUGCCUGUGUCCUCAUAGUCGUUUCAGAAGACUUCGAAAAGGAUUAUUGGUGUGACCGUGGCAUGCUGAUGGCAUUUGAACAAAGGAAGUUGCUGAUCCCAAUUCUUAGAGAGGACACUGAGCUCCCUGCGCUCCUUAAUCCCCUCACCCAUCUUGAUGCACUUGGAGCUGUGAACUGGGAGAGACUCCAGAAGUGUAUUGAGCAACAAAUAAAGCUGGACGACAUUGCAGCAUAGGACAUAUACAUCAGAUGAUUUUUGAGACGCUGGCAUUCAACUUCUCGUGCCAACUAGAAAACAGGCCAUAUAGCAGUGUGCUCUUACCGUAAAGAUGCAGCUUUUGCGGCGCAGCACAGGUUGGGGACAGGGUGUCGCGCAAUUUUUUUUUUCUGACGUUUGGCGAUGGGACUGAAUAGGGAGGUUUAUAUGCACGUUCCGCGUGAACGUGAACGUCAGAAAAUUGUGUCGCUAAAAUCUCACGUUUUUAGCAAACGUGAAGUUA